CAGACCAACCAUGUGUGAUUUCGGAGAUGUAAGUCAAAUUUGUAAUAAAAAGAGUUGGGUAAAAACCCCUUUUUUUUACUAAAUUCUCCCAAGCACUAAUAAAUUUUUAUUCAAUGACCUGGAUAUAUAGUCACAAAUUGUUAUAGUGAUAAAUCUAACAGAAUUUUCAGAAGACCUACAUAGAUAACACACACCAUGUCGCAUAUAGACUUGGUGCUCAAAAACGGGAGAAUAAUCGAUCCUGUGAAUCAAGUGGACACAGUGGCUGAUAUAGCUGUCAAUAAUGGAACAAUUCUGUCGAUUGGCAAUAAUGCACAGUUUCAGGCAAAAAAGACGUUCGAUGCUGGCGGUUGCUUAGUAACGCCUGGUCUGAUUGAUUGCCAUGUUCACUGUUACCAGUAUGCUACACCACUGGGGAUUAACCCAGAUGAACAUUGUCUUUCGCGUGGUGUUACUACUGUAGUUGACGCAGGGAGUGCAGGUGCUUCUACUUUUCAAGGGUUGCGGAGAUAUGUAGCAGAGAAAUGUAAAGCACGAGUGCUGUCAUUUGUACACAUAGCACAGCAUGGUUUGGCAGCAGCAGGAUGUGCCUCUGGAGCACCUGGUGGAGAGUUGGAUUCACUGAAUGUUGUAUCAGUUGAUGAAUGUGUGAAAUGUGUGGUCGAAAAUCGAGAUAUUGUUGUUGGAAUCAAACUUCGCCUAUCAGACUCCAUUGCAGAUGGGGGUAAAAAUGAAAUGGAAGCAUAUAGGCGAGCACUGCGUGCCUCCGAAAGAGCAGGAGUUCCCUUAAUGGUUCAUCACUCUAUGUCAGCUGUGCCAACACAAGCUGAUGAUGAUACGUCCCCAGAACUAGGAUGUCCGCGUGAUCUUAAGGCUGGAGAUUUAUACACCCACACGUAUCAUCCUUAUAGGUCCAGCAUUGUGGACCCAAGUACCCUAACUAUCUAUCAAGAUGUCAUAAAUGCCAGAGAAAAGGGCGUGUUGUAUGAUGUUGGGCACGGACAAGGCUCGUUCAGCUGGACUGUGGCAGAACUCUGUGCAGCCUUGGGCUUUUAUCCAGACACCAUUAGUACUGACCUUCACACUGGCAAUCAAAUGGGGCCUGCAUAUGAUCUUCCAACAGUAAUGUCUAAAUUUUUGCAUCUUGGCAUGCCUCUUGUUGAGGUAAUUCGUGCUGUGACCUCAUCUCCAGCAAAGGCAGUAGGAUGGGGAGAUAGAAUAGGCAGUUUGACACCUGGAAAAGAGGCAGAUAUCACAGUUCUGAAAUUAAAUGAGGGUCCAGUUUUGCUAGAGGAUUGUCAAUCCCAGGUUCGAGUUUUGGAUAAAGUUUUCAAACCAGUAGCUGUAUGGAGAGCAGGAAACCAGUACCCAAUCACAUUUUCUGAUCCUUUUCCAAAUCGUGAUGCUAUGAAGUUGAAUUUAAGAGAAUGGGAUAAAAUUCUGAUCAGAGAUAGAGACAGACCUGUGGUACAAUAAAAACCAUGUUGUUUACUUCCUGUACAAAGAAUUUACAAAUAAAUUGUGCUUCUGCA